UCAAUAAUCAGCUUUAAUUUGUUUUAUUUAGCAAUAAGAUUAUCUGAGGUAGUGGCUAAUGAAGAUGAAAAGGAAACCAACGUCGUCGCAGUUGUUCUCCCUCUGACAGUUAUAAUAGCUUUGGUGGCAAUAAUUUUGGCAUUUAUAUCUUGGAGGAUUAGAAGAAAGAAGCAGUUGGUACUAAAUGCAAUUGAAGCGCAUGAAUCUGCAAUUUCUCCGUCGACGUCCAAUACAAAUCUGUAUGAACAUUGUCCACCACGGUAGGUUAAUAGACAUAUAAUGUUUCAAUUGUUUAGCUAGGCAUUAAGUAAGGGGCGGACCAUUAGAAAUCCCGGGAGGGGGGGGUGAAAAUUCCCCCAAAAAAAUUCGUGCAAAGGAAAUGCCUGGAAAAAAAAUUCGUGCAGACAUUACGUCAGAGAAAAAAAAUUCGUGCAAGCAAACAGCGAAGUACAAAUAGUCUUGAAAAAAAAUUCGUGCAGAGGUUAAAUGCAUUAAAAAAAAUUCCUGCAGAGACACGAGACUGAAAAAAAAAUUCGUGCCGCAAAAAUUUUAUACCCCCCCCCUCCCGGGAUUUCUAAUGGUCCGCCCCUAAGUGUUCCUAAUUUUUUGUAAUCACAGUGCAAAAAUCUGUAACAAACUGAUCUGAUUGGUGGAAAAACCAUGUGAUGAUAAAAUCAACCAGUCAGUUUAAAGCAGUUCUUAAGCAACGGUCAAAGACUGCUUAAAAACACAAUAAACAUUGCGCCGCGCUACAUGAAGUAAAAGUUGUCUUCUGUUGGAAAAUAUGACUUUUAUCUUUUACCUUAAACAAGACUAACAAAAUUUACGUAGUUGAACGGAAUUUUCAAGCAAUUAGCGUUGUAUAAUGUGAUAUAACAAAGCCAGAAAACUUUGCCGGUGCAUGGACGGUUUGCCAUAAACGUACGUUAAAAUUACAAUUGUCUCGAACAUUUUUUAUGUAUAGUAUUAAUACGUAUAAUAGGAUGGUUUCUCUUGAAAUUUGGAUUAAACAAACACUCGUGAGUUUUUCAAAAACCUCAAAUAGCGAUCGUUCUGCGGACUCGUCGGCAGCUAUUUUGAUUCUCUUUGAAAAACUCACUCGUGCAUGUUUUAUCCAAAUUGCACUCGAAACCAUCAUAUUACCUAUACUAAGUACCCAAUUCCAAGUGACUGUUAAGAAAAAUCUAACUUUAAAAAGUUCCAUUUGCACGCUCGAUGGCCCGAGUUCUUUUCAUGUGGUACCAGUCAGGUAUAUGAAAAUAAAUUAUAAUACGAAAUUCAUUUUUAAACCUAGCAUCCAUGCACUAGUCAGGCGUACGAGAAUAAUAUAUUUCUUGUAAGGCCAGGUGUUAUUUAACUUUAUACAAUCAACUGCCACGCACACAUGGAAAUCUGUUACAUGGCACCUUAUCCUCACUGUUUUGCGUUUCAGUUACAAUGCGGCACAUACAUCGUCGAAAGUGAAUGAAAUCGAAAUGGACGAAAAAGAAGUGAACGUAAUUUAUGUUCCUCAAGAGAUACAAAAUGCAAUUUCAGAUGGUCUUACGGAUGGAUAUGAAUUCAAUGCUGACCAGAUUAAGUUCGAAGAAUGUCUAGGGAAAGGCGCAUUUGGGUACGUGCAUCGUGCCCAAGCUCUGGGAAUAACUGCAGAACCGGAAUGGUCACUGGUUGCUGUGAAAACGUUAACUGGUAAGACAUAACCUUGCAGUCGUAUCGAAAUCAGGUAGAGAAGCGUCUGCAUGGGAGGGGAGGGGAGGAGACGAGGGCUGAACAUUGAAAUGGAUAGAACUAGAAUGCUACCUUCAGACAAACUGCUAUCUUUUUAUUCGUGUCCGGUGGUCAACACACGCGUGUCUGGGGGUCAACACGCGCGUGUUUAUGUUUUUCGUGGCACUAUUUUUAUCGCAAAUUAAUGCUCUUUCAAUAAACAAUUAUCAGAAGAAAAAAACUGAAAGUACAGUCCGCAAGCGUGUUUUAGCCGAAUAAAUGCAUGCAUGAAUAGAAAACUUUGAGCGUUUAAAAGCUUUUUUUUGUGAAUUUCAAGUCGAUAUAUAAGAAUACAUAUUCAUGUUGACGGAUUGAUCGCGUUUUUCGAAUGCAUGAAAUACUGACUGGCCUUCAAGUUUGGCCUCAAAUUUCCGGUUGGAGGUAGCAUUCCAGUUAAAUAUAUUAAUUUCAAUGGGGGUGAACAUUCUUCUGCUAAUUUAAUGGCGGCCAAUUUCAAACCGAUGACACUAAAAUUGCAAAUCCAUUAAUUGUUAUAUUGGGUAAUUUCGACUCAGCAUUAGUUUCACUGGGAAAAAAAUAUGAAACUCAUACUGCGAAAUUUGCAAUUGCACCACUAAAUCCAUAGUAUAUCCAUACUAUUUUCAUACUAUAUCCAUAGAAUGGAAAUAUACAAUUAAAAUAUACAAUUAUUAUGGAUAACCAAAAUCCUUUCUAUAAAGGUCCAUACAAUUUCCAUUCUAUGACCUUCUAUGGAUUUUCAAAAAAUUUUCUAGUGUUUACUGCUCUCACUUAAAACUUAUUGGGACCUACAAUGGAGUUGUUGUUGAUUUUCUCAUGGAAAAUGUAGGAUUUUUAUCCAGUUCAGAAUUUGUACCCCUUUCCUUUCAUAAAAAUGGCAAGAUACCGAAUUUAAAUGAGGCAUAUUUACAACAUAUAGGCAAGGGAAAAUUUGAAAUCGUGAAAGAGAAUAACAAUUACGGGUGUGCAUUACUUCUAAUAAAAAGGGUUUGAAUUUUUAUAAAUGAAAGCAUAUCAGAACCAGAAGCGUAUCCAGCUCAAUAAUUGGGGGUCCAUAUUCAUAUAUUCGUGUUCUACAUUAUUCUUGUUCUACAUUGUUUUUAAGGUCUAUAAUGAACACGAAUAUAUGAAUAUAGAUCCCCCCCCAGUUAUCGAGCUGGCUACGCCGCUGAUCAGAAUGCAUAUUUCCACAUCUUUUAGAGCCUGUCACAGACAAAUCAGUUGAAGAUUUUAUUGCGGAAAUUGAACUGAUGAAGAGAGUUGGAGAUCAUGAAAAUAUCAUUCGAAUGCUUGGAUGUUGUAUUUUAACUUCCCCAAUUUGUCUAAUAAUGGAAUAUGCUCCUCAUGGAAACCUGUUGACAUAUCUGAGAACAAUUAAAACCAAGGUAUGUGUAAAAUUUAAACUGUGAUAUUCUAUAUUCGAAUAAUAAAAAUACUUCUACAGAAUAUACUAUUUGCAGUAUUAAUAAGUUCACAAACUGGUUAGUGAGUUUGAAAGGCAUGAUGCAUGCAUAAGACCGUUGCUGCAAAAGGAUCUAAAAACUGGGCGGGUGGAAAACGACUUAAGUUAAGUUACAGUAUACCUAAGCUGAUUAUAUAGCAGGCAUACAAAAUGGUGGAAAGAGCACAAGGGAGAUUAAUCUGGCUACCGCAUACCUUAGUUGACAUAUUUUAUGCCAAUGGCAAAUUAACUUAAAUAUUAUAACAAUUUAACUUCAUGCUGUUAAUUUAGCUUCUUGGAAAUGAUUCAGUGAAGACGAAUCCUCUAACUGAGAAAUUGGGACUAAUAGAAUGUUCUCCGAGCGAAGAGGUAGUUAGAUUAUACUGCAUGUAAUGAUUUCAGUCAACAGUUAUUACUUUAAGGUAUAAUAAUUAUUUGCUUUGAUCAUAACUUCCUGCUAUUCUUCUCAAACUAUCCAAAACUAGGAUACCAUAUUUACUCCUUCAAGAGCCGCUCCUGUAUGUGCGCCGUCUCCAAACGUGCGCUGUCUCCAAAUGUGCGCCGUCUCCAAAUGCGCGCCGCCCCCGAUUAAGCGCCGCAGUUUCGACAGUGCGUAUAUAUGUCGUGUGUAUGUGUACGUAGUGUGAGUUUAUAUAUAAAUUAUUUUGUUAUCGACAUCGUUCAAAUUAGUCAAUUACAUAAAGCUGCAUGGUAUAGAUAACGAAUUUAUUUUCCUAAAACAGCAAAUGAUCCGUCCCGGUUAAUCUAUAUUAACGACUUCUUUGUGGCAUGAGUCUAUUUUCAAAACCUUGGACUGUUGUAAUUUGAUCGUUCUACAUUAAAGACGUUCAUGUUCAAAAUUGGAAAACGUUAACUUUGUAGCAAAAGUAACAAGAAUUUCUAACUCUUAGAAACCUGCAAUCGAAGAAGAAUCCAUCCAUGAAAUGUUUUUCUCUGGAGGAAGUACUUCCUCAGGUAUCAUUAGCAAAAUGUUUAUUGCUUUAUAUUCCCUGUUAAAUUUACUUUAUUUCUAUUAACCUCAUUAUUCUGGCAGUGUUGCAGCAAUAGUUUGUUCAAUCAGAGUAAUAUGUUGUCCGACUCGAAUUAACUGUGCGGUAACAAAGGGUGCAACGCUCGUUCAAUUUUUUCUAAUACUAGAUUAAUCAUAACAAGACCCUUGAAAGAACGUGAACUCGCUGGCGCUAUUAGAACCUGUCCCUUGCAGGGUCGGAACUACUGGGUUGUGUAGCACCAAGGAAAGAGGGGGGCCUGGAAUGCUGGAAUUGCGGAACGUGUUAAAUAUUAAGGAAUUUUCUGGAGAAUUGAGGUCGAAAAAGGUGUGACAAACUAAAUUUAGGCCCCCAUUAUGUAAAACUAGUGUUUGAAAAAAUGUUUGGGACGUGUUGUUUUCGGAAGCAAAACGUCGACCUCCCACCCCCGGGAAGGUGCCCCGAAUGGAAGGGGGUCCAAAUUUUUGAAUUCACCACCAAUCAGAUACCGCUCGGGAUGACCCUGGUCCCCUGUUGCAAAAUUGCUGUGUCUCUGCCAAGUUUAGCACCGCUACCAUAGGCAUAGCAGAUGGUUUUUGGGGGGAGGAGUUUGUUCGGAAACAAAUGCUUCCUUAAAAUUAGUUAAUCUGGAACAAAAAUACCAUCGUUAGAAUCAGCGUACGAAAUUGUAUACUUACGGAUGUCAAAUUCAUUAUCAAAAUGAUUAUUUAACUAAUUCAAAAAUGUUGUACGUUUGAUCCUUGAUAACUUUCGUAUUAUUGGUUUUCUCUUUUUCGGCCGCAUACAAAUGGAUUUUUCUCACUUUUCUCUUCAUUUUGAUAGUAUAUUGAUCUAUUUACUUCAAGGUUUUAAAGGCAAAUUUUAACCAAGCGUACGGAACAACUGCCGGCCGACAGGAGGAAUAUAUAGGCGUACUAUAAAAUAUAACCGUUACUUGUAGAACAGCUUGUAGAUGGAAACGCCGGAAAGUUUCAUUUGUAAAGCACCGCAAUUUAGUUCUGUGUCUCGUCAUUACUCUGUUCUUAUGAAAGCAUAGCACCACUUAGGCCUUAGAAGUCUUAUAUCGAGUUUAUGUUUCAUACAAUUGUUCUGUGCAUUGCUGUCUUUGUAUUUCUGUCUUUGUCGGGCCAUAAGAUGUCAUUUUGACUGCUUAACAGGAUUUGUUUUGCAUUAAGGGGCCGAUUACAUGAGGCAAGUUGUCCCGGUUAAGCGAGUUGACUCGCGGUUAGAAAAUUUGAAUUUGAAAUAUAGACCCAAGUCAAUUUUGACUUGUGGCAACCUUGUUUUUUCAACUCCAUGGCUUAUACUAUAUGUUUACAUGGCUUACCCGCAGCAUGUAAACAAAAAUAUAAUGAUUUACUGCGCCACCAAGCAAACUAUUGCUAGAAGAAAAGCUGGACACAUUAGAAUGAGAAGAUUGCUGAGAAAGAAGCGAUCGCUUUGGGUAAAGAAUGGAAGGACUGACGCCUGGUGGAGAAAUAUAAUUAACGGAAUAUAUAUCGCCAGCGGACGACUGGAAAAGGAAUUUCCACAUGUCCAGAGAUCGGUUGCGAUUUUUUUCUUCGCAGUAGUAUUAUUUCUAUCCGCCAUUAUGAACAACACGUGUAAACAGACAGAGUAACACAUGCGCGAGUCAGAUUUCUAUUCCCGCUUUGCCAGGCCAACUCGGCAGAAAGUGAUUACUUGACAAUUUUCAUCCCGCCUAGCGAGUUUCUCGGCGAGUCACAAGCGGGACCCCGGCUAGGCUGAACAACUCGCUUGCCAUGUAAUCGUAAUGUUAAAAUAAUAGGGGAUAAAUAUACGAAGCGGGUCAACUUGGCAAAGCGAGUCAACUCGUUUAGCCGGGACAACUCGCCAAUGUAAUCGGCCCCUAAUAAUCUCCAAAUUCAGUAUUCUUGUCGUUUAAUCCUCAAUGCCGUAAAAAAGCAGUUUUAAAAGAAACAACUGCUUUGGAUUUUUUAUAAAAAUUAUUGAAUUAUUCUCAAAACUUAGGGUACUUAUGGAUAAUUUGGGUAAAAAUUGGCAGCUUAUUAAUAUUCUAUUUUGUGGCCAUCAACGAUUGGAGAUCCACCACAAAUGCAUGCCAAAACCUAUACUCGCCUGGGCACAGCGCCCCAGCGAGUAAUAAAAUACUAACAUACCAUUUUUUUCUAGGAAUAGAAGCUAGCAAGUGUCAAGUGCAACGUUUAGUCGAGACUAACACGUAUUUGGAACCAUUCGCUCUUCAGAUUGCUAAAGGAAUGGUAUAAUAUUUAUUCGUAUUUACUUCCAUGUAGGCAGUUUUAUUUGGAUUUCAAACUAAAUUGGUUUGAUCUGCUAUACUUUAAAUUUUUAUUGUACGUUUAUGAAAUUCAGACCAAUUUAGAACAGGGUGUUGUCAAAAACUGUAUUAUUUAUAUACGGUUUCUGUUUUCCGAAUUGUUACAUUUCUGACGAAAACAAUUGAUUAAAUAAGUAAAUAGUUGAAUUAGAAGUAUUGAACACUUCGAAAACGGUUAAUUUUUUUCAAAACCGGGUACUCUAUCGUAUAGCUACGCCUCGAUAUACUCUGGUGGGAAAUAUAUGUGAUUGAUGUGUUCACAUUAAAAUGUGCAAGUUCGUGAAAGUAUGGCACAACCACGCCCAGGCACAACUGAGGAAAGCGCGCAAACCAUUCCGAUAUCUUAAUCGAGCAUUUAUCGUGUACUAUAGCUAGAUAACCCGCACCGUAGCACGAGAACGAACGAAUAUAACCUCAUUAACUGAACGGCAGAGUCGUACUCAUUCGUAUGAUAGACGUUUUCUAUUGGCUAUGAGAUAAACUAAUUAUAAUACUCGUAAACUUUCGUUUGUUGUUUAUAUCAAAUAUAUCAAGCCAUAUUGUAUUAUUGACCAUGACGGUAGCGGUGCCAGGAAAAAUGCUAACAAUACAGCAAUAAAUCACAUAUAUUUGUCAUUGUUGUCGGUAUAAACAGCAGUAUAUAUGCAGUCUUUCCGCGGUGCGGAACACAAACUAUAAGCUAUACACAAGUUAGCAAGAGAUCCACUUGUGCAUUUCAGCAUGCGUCUAUGCGACAGCUUGUGAAAAUUCCAGAAUAACUUAAUGCAAAUCAGGCCUAGCCCAAUCGUCGCGUUUUCCGUAACCAACGUUUGAAACAUGCCUAUAACUUCUAUAUAAAGAUCAGCUUUGUAAACAAUACUGCGCCAAAUAUAUUAAUUUCCGAUUCAAAAUACUAUUCAUAUUAGACUUUUCCCCUGUAUCGGCAACAACACUAAGCAAGUAGCUGGCAAAAUGUACAUUCAUGCAUGGCAAAUAUUCUAUCAAUCUUUUGAAAUAACUUAACGAGUUGGGAAAAGUGGACGAAAAACUCACAGUUGAUAGGUAUCGUUAAAGCCUGCCGCACACGAGAGCUAUCUGCUGAGCAAAAAGUUACUCGUGCCUGUUAGCUCAGCCGAUAGCUCACCGUGUGCGGGUACAUUUUACUGAGUUUUUUGCCUCGUGCAACCUUUUCUCACGUAUCAAACAUGUUUGAUCGGUGAGCUAUCAGCUGAGCUAACAGGCACGAGUAACUUUUUGCUCAGCAGAUAGCUCUCGUGUGCGGCAGGCUUAAGACCUCUUGGGAAAUAGUCAAUUUGAAUUUAUGCAUGUCGUUACUUGAGUUUAGAACAUAAAUUAAUUAACAAGCUAGCUAAAUUUCGAGAAUUCCCAGUAGGCGUCAGCUUGUGUCACACAAUAUACAGUGUAUUGUACAAUGAUAAACGAAACUUAAUAUAUAUGGACAAUCACAUGGAGGUCCUAAAUCUCAGUUUUAUCAGUUUUAUAUGCAACUAAAUAAUGUCUUCAACGCUUUCUUCGUGAUAUAUUUGGCAGUAAUUAACGAAUCAAUGGAAGAGUCGACCAAUGUCAUUGAGAGAAACGACUCUUUAAACUCAUGCACAAUUGGGCAGCUUUUUCAUGUGUUCUACGACCUGUUUGUCUUAACAGCAAGAGCUGUAUUAGCGUACAGCACGUUGUUGGGCAUGUUCAUAUAAAGUUCAUCUCGCGCGAUGUCAUUUAUAUAACAAUAUCGCAAACUGGACCAUUUCGUCUACAGGGUGUAUCAAAAAAGGAGACCUUUAGAAAUCAAGCAUAUUGUUAAAAUUUGAAUGCCUUUUCAAUUGCACAUAUGCUAAACCGUGGUGAGUGAAAUAUUAGGGACCUUAAGCAAACAGGACGUCAACGCGACGACGACGGCUAUUCACACAAUGAUAUUCCUGAUCUCGUACAAAAGAAAUGAAUAAUUAAAAGCCCCACGGGAGUUAGAGGCGUUGUGUUAGGGCUUUUUACAACGGAAAACCAAAGAUUUUCACGUCUCGUGUACAACGCAAACAUGUCAAGACGCGACAAGUGAAACUACAAAUUUGCUCAGCAGAAGCGUUUUUAACCAUAAAGCCUUUGUUUUAAUCUCUUCAAACUGAACUCAAUUCACAUAUACAUGCAGUGGAUAAUACACGACAACUCUUCUUCGCAAUAAUUUAUUUGAAGAAGUUUGUUUUGGCUGUCGUCCUCGCGUUGCCGUCGAACAUGCAUGCUUAAGGUCCCUAUUGAUGGAGUACACACGUAUAUUAGAAAAAGGAGACCUUUAAAAAUCAACCAUUGUUAUAAUUUGAAUCCUGGAGCACUUUGCUAAGCGCACGAGUGCGUAACAUGCGGUCUACGUACAGUAUGCAUGGCAGAUUGUUCCCAGGAGCAGACAAUCUUUUGUUUAAACGUUAUUUCAAUUUCUAAAGAAACAGUUUAAGAAGCUGUUUUAAAUUCCCAAGAGCAGAAAAUCGUACGCUUUACAAAGAUAUUUUAAUUUCUUAAUAACUCAAUAUUUAAUAUACUGUAUAAGCACCCUUGUCAAUAUUUUACGCAUCUUGCGUUCAGCUUAGUGAUAGGGCAUUCAAAUUUUAACAACACUUUAUUUCAAUGGUUUUGCAGGUAUUUUGGACACCCUGUAUACAUACUAUUGCAAUGGUGUCAAUUAAAAUAACUGCAUGUACUUUUUGACUUAACUUUAUAUUUUUAUUCCCUUUGGGCUUCAAUUUGUAAAAAAUGUCAUGAUUUAUGAUCAUGCAAAUUAACUCUUGGUUAUUUAAUUGCAUAUUCGUUCGCUCUCGGUUUUACUCGCCCAAUGCGUACGUGAUUGAUCAUGCAAUCCAAUCAGAUUUCAGCUUUUGACCAAAAACAUUUGUAUACCUGCAUCGUCGUCGUUCUCGUGCUACGGUGUAGAUUAAACUCUAAAAAUCGUACGUACAUCUAAUGAGAAACGAACGAGAAACGCGAUGAACAAGAAAAACGAGCAAGAAAUGAGAAUAUAGUUCGUUAAUAAUAUCCAACAAAUCUUCGAAUUCUGCUGUUGAACAUUGAAAGUUCUACAAAUUUAAGUCGUAAUUGGAUGCUUUAACCAUGAUUUGGUACUAAUAAGUAAUAAAUAAUCGAUAUCAGUGGCGAGGAUAGCCAUAGCAGUAGGUCAUGCUAUAGAAACAUUUUGGAUGACUUGCAUUAGUCUAACGUUUAUAAAUGUGUUGUCUUUAAAAUAUUUAGAUGCAGGUUUAUUAGCAUAGUAUGACCAGAUUUUCAGAUUUUUAAUGAUUUGCAAUAUAUACAAAAAAAAGAAUUCAAGAACGUACAAACAUUACAAAAAUAGUUAAAAUUACUCAUUAUAAUAGAAUAAAUGAUGACUUGGUUAAAUUAUGCCCAGUAGUCAAAGUAGCAAGAAGCUUUCGAGUUGACUACUGUCUAUGUGAGAUUUUUUCAGUGUAUUUGAGCUAAGAAUCCUGGUUAGCUUCGCCACUGUAUACUGUUUGUAUCAAAAAAGGUAAUCGAAGUUCAGCGCGCUAUUGUACGUGAAUUACUCGUCGUAUGAACGAAUAUUCGGAAAGAUCAAGCUUUUUGCUAUUGAAUGACAUGUUUCUCAUGCCAAAUGAAGAAAAAAUAAGCAAGUACGAGUCCGCACCACAUUAAUAUACUUUGAUUUUUGACUAGGCAUAUGUCGCAGGACGGGGAAUAGUUCAUCGUGACCUUGCGGCGAGAAACAUACUGAUUGGCAACGAUUAUAAACUAAAAAUCUCGGAUUUUGGUUUAUCUAAAGAAGGUAUAUAUGUAAAAUCAACAAGCGGGAAAAUUCCACUUCGAUGGUUGUCGAUUGAAGCUAUUCGAGAAAGGAUUUAUUCGAGCGCCAGUGAUGUGUAAGUAUUUUCUUCAUUAACUCAGUCAGCAAGUGGUAAAUUAAUAAUACGCAUGCAUGUCUAUGUUAUAGAAGUUUUACGUGAUACGCGACUAUCUCACGCAAAAGGAUGAUGGCAAUGGUUAUUUUAACAUUUAGGCGCGGUCACUAAUUCAACAUCAGAAUCGUUAAGAACUGAACACACCCACCAAUGCGUUUAAAUAUAAAAUUCGCGAGUCGUGAUGAAUUUGGCAGCGGAUGUUAAGUUUUAGCGCCCUGAUAUUGAAUUGGGGACCGCGCCUAAAAUAUGUCAAAAUCCAACAGUGCUCCCAACCUUUUUGCAUGACGUGGUUGCAUAUGAAGAAAAACUGCUGUAGGCGGACGCAUAAUGCGACAGAUUUCAAGAUCUAUCAAACGUUCAAAUAGGAAUUCUUAUUAUGACUUAUUAUAAGUGAUUUAGUUUCAUUACCAAUAACCAUCGAUGUGGCAACUCGUCACUCUUUGCUAAUCGUGUAUUUUGUUCUCUUCCUUUAAAUAGUUGGUCCUACGGAAUUGUAUUGUGGGAAAUUUGCACUCUAGGUACGUUAUAAUAAUGACCUUUAUUUGUACCCUUCACAACAACAAAAAUAUAAAUAUUUUACACAAUUAAUAAUUACAUAAAAUGGGUACUAGCUACUUAAAAUAACCAUAAGGCUAGAGACCAAGCAGCUAAAUAAGGCUAGAGACCAAGCAUGGCAACAGACUAAAAAUGAGCAUGGAAUAAGCCUCUUUUGGAAUAAGACCAUGGCAAUAGAAUAAAAAUGAGCAUGGAAUAAGCCUCUUUUCUAUUCAUCUCAAGAGUCAACUUGUGAGCUCACUGAAAGCACUUUCACGCAAUUAAUGCUCGACAGUGUAUUUUAAUUAGAUACAAUCACUCGCAGCGAGCUUUCAAUUAAUCCGACUUUUGAAACGAGUAGAAAAGUGCCUUAACAUGAAUUGUGAUUCUGCAUUAUUACAGAUCCAUUCUUAACAUAUUAGUUAAUUUAAUGUCUCCUUAUACUCAGGUGGAUUGGCUUGCUACUGUUCCUGGGACAAGUACAGUUAUUAACGCGCGCCAACCAGGCAACUAGUGCAUAUAUAAUGAGAUUUACUAACAAAAUAUAUUUUAUUAGGAGAUUUCCCUUAUCCAACAUUGUCCGAUAGAGAAUUGUUGAAAUUCUUGGUUAGUGGUGAAAGGCUGGAGAAACCAAGCAACUGUUCAGAUAAAAUGUAAGUAACGGUAUGAUAUUUAACACUGAUAUUUAACACUCGAGGCCAGUCAAUAACCGGUGCAAAUUUUAAAAAAAACAGAAAGAAAUUUCCAUAAUUUUUGCUUCAUAGCUCGGCGAUUUUAGCUGUCAGAGCUGUUGCCAGCGAUAGUCAAAUUUCCUGACUUUCAUGUAAUACGCUUUCGUUCAAUGAGAUGCAAUAAAAUAUGAACUGAAUGGUGACAAUACUGGAUAAAUGAAGUUAACAUGUACAUGCACUAGAACUUGUGGGAGAACUAACAUGGUUCUGUUUUGAUUUGAAUUUUAAUUAACCCUGAAAUUCGAGUAACUACAAUUCUUGCCAAAGUUCUUGCUACAGCCAAAAAAUUCCUGAGUAUUAAUCGAAAAUAUUUUAUUUAAAGACAGCCUCUGCCCCCCCCCCCCCAUCCGUAGUGUGCAUCAUGUAGCUCUAAUUACUGCACCCCAGUGUUCUGUCAGUUGUAUAUAAAGCAUAUGGCAAAUGUUCUAAGCGCAGAUAGAUACCCACUCUAAAGAUACAAAUUUAAUAUUCUGAUUGGUUGACAAGAGGUCUGUAUCACACGAUACGGACCUCUACCACACGUUACGGGCCUCUCACGUUUCGCGCCAAAACAGUGAAGACAAUUUCCAAACUCAAAAAAUCAUCUAAAAAGCUGGAAAAACCCUCCGCCUAUCGAUGCUAAAGAUAGAAAAAAUAGGCUGAACUGACUUCAAUUGAUUUAGUCUCAAGGCCGAAAUGUACCUUUUCUCCGACCUAAAUGCGAAAAAAACAAGUAUUUCUUUGACAUAUAAGUAUCAAAAAAUUAGUGAUAAGUAUUUGGUUUCAAAAGCUCAGUAAUAAAUAUAAUUAUAUUUAUAUUAUAAGUAGGAUAUAACAAACAAUUUGAUUGGCUAAUGCGCGAGCAUUGUGAUGCAAUAAUUCACUGUGGUCCGUGGCACUGUCUUGCUCUUUCUGUGUUUUCCACCGGCCUCGCUUCAUCUCUGCUUUUUGGCAAAAAAAUUAUUAAAAAAACUAUUGAGCAUCUAAAAUACAAAAUUUAUCAGAAAGCAAGAAGAAAUAGACCAAAGGAACAGAGCAAUUUAUCCGUAUAGUUCUACGUGUAAAAAUAGUAAAAUUAAUCGGCUUGACAUCCGUCGAAUUUGUUUUGUCGCGACAAGUUUUAGGCAAAAGCAUGCAAGUAGCCCAGAAAAACCUUGAAAAAGAUUGAGGAAUACCGAACACGUAGAAAAAGGAAAAGAAAGUUGAAUUUAAGUAAUUUAGAAAGUACCUGGAAACACGCAAUGCAAACACAAUUGUCGACAGCUUCCAAAUAGAUUUGUACCAACUCGUUUGUAGACCUGUAACAACUUGUGCGUGUUUGUGUGUUCAGUAGAAUAGUAGAUUUGCAAUCUUUCUGAAGCAAUCCGGCGCUUAUUUUUUAUUACUAGGUACGCAAUGAUGCUGGAAUGCUGGCAAGGUGAGCCGGAAGAUCGACCAACAUUUGCUCAUUUACGAGAUGUGCUUUGGAAAAUGAAUACGGGAGAGAAUCCCUACAUUAAUAUCGAACCGAUGCAAGAUCUAGAGAAUAUUACUACAACCGUAGAUGGAGUGGAUAGCAUUGAAAAUUCUAUAGUGGUAUAAUGGGUGGAAAUUUUAACGAGGAACAACAAUAUUAUAAAAAUACAAGUAUUAUGACAUAACACAUCACACAAUACAAACAUAAUUAUUGAGAUUAACUUACGCUAAUUAACAAGUUUAUAAAGUAAGUUGCAUUCCACAAAAAUGCGUUUUCAAAUUUUCAUGAUGGGUCAGCUGAAUAUGUUGACCGCAAUACAUGUAUAGUAUAUAAGUAAAUAGGAUGAAGCUUGUAAAAAGUAUAGGUAUAUAUAAAGGAUAUAUUUGAAGCUAAUUAAAUGCGUAACUGAUGUUGCAGACAGCGCAAAUGUUGCGGCAAUAUUGCAUCAAUGCACGCUUUCGGAAAAUAAGUCCCCUUGGCUAUUGAGAUCUCGCAUUCGUGAUUGAGACGUAGUCUUUAAAUUUAAUAAUGAACUGAUGUUGACACACGAAUAAGCGGCUCUAUUGCCAAAGUGACGUAGUUCCGGAAGGGAGUUUUGGAAUUUUAUUUGAGUAGUAUUAUAUGAAAAAUAUUGAAGUAAAAAACACGGUCGUCGUCAAUAAAAAAACACGGAUUAUGCAAUGACAGUAUACGGUGCUGCGGAUACAUGCAACUAUAUGGUUCCGCAAUAUACUAUCAUCAAAUUUCUACAAUUUAUAUGUAUCCGGAAUUUCCAAAUUGCGGACAGCCAACCAAUGUUUGAAAAAAAUCUAAAAACUUUUACUCCUCCUGAUAAAUACACCUAGUCAGUUGUGUUUGUCAAUAUCAUUAGUCAUGUACAGCGUUUGAUAAAUAUUCCAAAAUUAUAGAGUGUGUAAGAUAAGUCAAAUAAUCUGAAUAAAAU